AUGGCAGCCCAGAAUGGAAACACUAGUUUUGCAGCUAACUUCAGUAUACCCCAAGACCAUGCCUCCUCCCUCCCCUUCAACUUCAGUUAUGGUGAUUACGACCUCCCUCUAGAUGAGGAUGAGGAUAUGACCAAGACUCACACCUUCUUUGCAGCCAAGAUCAUUAUCGGGGUGGCACUUGUGGGCAUCAUGCUGAUUUGUGGCAUUGGCAAUUUUGUCUUUAUCACUGCCCUUGCCCGCUAUAAGAAGCUGCGCAACCUCACCAACCUGCUCAUUGCUAACCUGGCCAUCUCCGACUUCCUGGUGGCCAUUGUCUGCUGCCCCUUUGAGAUGGACUACUAUGUGGUGCGCCAGCUCUCCUGGAAGCACGGCCAUGUGCUCUGUGCCUCUGUCAACUACCUGCGUACCGUCUCACUCUAUGUCUCCACCAAUGCCCUGCUGGCCAUCGCUAUCGACAGAUAUCUCGCUAUCGUUCACCCCUUGAAACCACGGAUGAAUUAUCAAACAGCCUCCUUCCUGAUCGCUUUGGUCUGGAUCGUAUCCAUUCUCAUCGCCAUCCCAUCAGCCUACUUCACAACGGAAACCGUCCUCUUUAUUGUCAAACGCCAGGAAAAGAUCUUCUGCGGCCAGAUCUGGCCAGUGGACCAGCAGCUCUACUAUAAAUCCUACUUCCUCUUCAUCUUCGGCAUCGAGUUCCUGGGCCCGGUGGUCACCAUGACCCUGUGCUACGCCAGGAUCUCCCGGGAGCUCUGGUUCAAGGCAGUCCCUGGUUUCCAGACGGAACAGAUCCGGAAGCGGCUGCGGUGCCGCCGGAAGACGGUGCUGGUGCUCAUGUGCAUCCUCACGGCCUACGUGCUGUGCUGGGCGCCUUUCUACGGCUUCACCAUCGUGCGCGACUUCUUCCCCACUGUAUUCGUGAAGGAGAAGCACUACCUCACAGCCUUUUAUGUCGUCGAGUGCAUCGCCAUGAGCAACAGCAUGAUCAACACCGUUUGCUUCGUGGCCGUCAAGAACAACACCAUGAAGUACUUCAAGAAGAUGCUGCUGCUCCACUGGCGGCCCUCCCAUGGCGGGAGCAAGUCCAGCGCUGACCAUGACCUCAAAACCAGCGGCCUGCUGGCCACGGAAGAGGUGGAUUGUAUCAGGCUGAAGUGA